GUUUAGUGCCAGGACAAGAGACAGAGAAGACUGAUGAAGAAGAAGCCUGAAGCAGACUAAUGGAAAACUACACAUACAACAGUGUCAUGCUGCAGCUGGAAGGAUUACAAUUCUCCAAAUACUCUGUGUACCCUGUCUUUCUCUUCUUAUUUUUCUCAUACAUUUUUAUAAUGUUUAUGAAUGUUGGCAUAGUAGUCCUGGUUUUCAUUGACAAAAGCCUUCAUCAGCCCAUGUACCUUCUCUUCUGCAACCUGCCUGUUAAUGACCUUAUUGGGAAUUCUAUCAUGGUUCCCCGUCUGCUGGUAGACAUCCUGCAGCCUCCGUCUGAGCGUUUCAUCAGUUAUUAUGAGUGUGUGGUCCAAGCUUUCAGCACACACAUGUUCGGCACUGCUUCCCACACCGUCCUCAUGAUCAUGGCUUUUGACAGAUAUGUGGCCAUCUGCAAUCCUCUGCGCUACGGAGCCAUAAUGAGCAACAAGAUGGUGAUGAAGCUGACGGUGUCUGCCUGGGGAGUGGCCUUCCUUCUGGUCGGGAUUCUGCUCGGUCUGACCAUCCGACUGAACCGAUGCAGGACUCUGAUCACUAAUCCUUACUGUGACAACGCCUCUCUGUUCAAACUCUCCUGUGAGAGUGUGGUCAUCAACAACAUCUACGGCCUCACGUUCACUGUGGUUCUGUUCACAGCUUCUAUCGGCAGCAUGGUUAUCACCUACACUAAGAUCACAGUAGUGUGUGUGACCAGCAAAAGCAAGUCUCUGAACAGUAAAGCCUUGAAGACCUGCAGUACUCAUCUAGUUGUGUAUUUGAUAAUGUUGAUCACUGGAUUUAUUGUCAUCACUCUGCAUCGUUUCCCUCAGUACUCAGACUACAGGAAAUUUUCUGCUAUUCUGUUCCACAUCAUCCCUGGCAGCAUGAACCCCAUAAUCUACGGAGUUCAGUCUGCAGAAAUCUGCAAGUCCUUGUCCAAAUUAUUCCGAUCAAAGCCAGUCAUGCCACUGUUCUGACCUGAUAAUAUUAGUGUAUAAAACCGUAAGAGUUGACACUAAUUUUGAAAAGUAGGUUGGACUAAAUUGUUUGAUAUUUAUCGUCCUGAUUAAUAUGAAAUAUGCUCUAAAUGCUGUUGUGCUGUGUUCAAUCCUGAAGCACUUGGGUUGUCUCCAGAGUUUUCAGUUAAGUUUUUUGUUAGUUGAAGGUUUUUUCAGGUUUCAGUAUUGAUUUAUUUAGCUUAACAAGGUAUAAUUUAAAACACAGUUACAAUUCUAAGAGCACCAGAUGUCUCCACUGAUUCCUCUUUAAGCUUGUUGUGUUGACUUUGGAACAGUAGUAGCUCAGGAGUUAGACUGGUCGUCCAAUAACCGAAAAGUUGCUGGUUCAAUUCUUCCCUAUCCCUAGUCCUUGAACCCUUGGGCAAGACACUUAACCACCUUGCUCCCAGUGUGUGUGAGUGAGUGAUGUCGGUGGGAGAGGCCGUAGACACAGAUUGGCAGCUACGUUUGUUCACCCCAUAGGGCAGCUGUGACCACUGAGGUAGGGUACCGGGGUGUGACUGUGUGAGCAAACGAAUAAUGCAAUUAAUUGUAAUUGUAAAGCUCUUUAAAAGCCAGUGAUAAGGCACUAUAUAAAACCAAUGCAUUAAUACUAUUGACAAAAUUGUCCAACUUUAAAAAGACUCAAAAUAAAGAUUUAUUUACACAUAAAUUUGGUGUAGAAGACAGUGGAGUACAGCAACAUGCGGUGUGUUUCAUUUAUAGUUUUAGGGGUGUGACUAUGAAAAUAGUUCUACAGGCACAUGUUUCUAA